CAAACUUGACUGUUUCAUCCUACAACACGCAUAAAAUUAUUCCGCGUUUUUUUUUUUAAUACUUACACAAUUUUUUUUUUUAUUAUAAUUCAAUUAAUAAAAAAAAACAUGUCAACAGAUGAAGAAGAUCUUGAAUUAAACGAUGAUACAACUUCACAAAUAGAAACAAUAACAGACGAUGGAGGUGAUACGUUAGAUACAGAAGACCUACCAUCACCUAUACAAACAACGGCACCACUUGCGGAAAAUAACACAAGACUUCAACCUGAUCCCCAAAUGUUGACUUGCUCAUCCUAUGACUGUGUGCCAAUAGUUGCAGCUGUUCAUCCUACCCCUAUCUCAAGUCUAGCUACAACACAUUGUUAUCGUUGGGUAUUCACGGGUUCAGAAGAUGGCUAUAUUCGUAAAUGGGACUUUUUUAGUUCUAUGAAUGGUAAAACUUCACUUACACAAGCACAACGUCACUAUUUUGUGGAUUCAGUUGUCUAUGCAGGUGUCUUGAGCUCUUGGUGGGAAAAUGAAGAAGUUCCAGAAACAAAUUCAAAUGAAUCAUCUUUACCUCCAAUAAAACCAUUCGAUAUAAAACUUUCUCCUGUCUUUAGUUUAGCAGUUCAGUCAGAGGCAUUAUGGGCUUUAUCAGGUUGUGAAAAUGGAGCUAUUAAUUUAAGUACAGUAAGACACGAAGAAGGUAAAGUGCAUCAUGUCCUUCGAAAACAUAAAGGACCUGUAUCAGUAUUAGAAAUUAUGCCCAAUGAACAAUCAGCUAUCAGUGGAUCAUGGGAUACGUCUGUGCUUGAAUGGGAUCUACAUACAGGUCAUCUCGUACGUUCCUAUUCAGGUCAUAAUUCACAAAUUUCAUCCGCUUCAUGUCAUCCUAAUGAUGAACAUGGCUUAUUAACAACGAGUAUGGAUGGUCAAUGUUUAUUAUGGGAUAGAAGAGAAUCUAAUUUCAAACGAUUACCUCUACCAGAACGUACACCACCAUGGUGUUUAUCUGCAUGUUGGAGUGUAGAUGGUAAAAAGAUAUACGUUGGAAGAAGAAAUGGCACAGUAGAUGAAUAUGAUUUUAGAGAACAAAAAUGGAUUCAAUCAUUUCGUAUGCCAGCUAAUUCAGGGCCUGUCUCCUUUGUAAAAAGUAUGGCAAAUGGCAAACACAUCAUCUGUGCUUCAAAUGAUAAUAUACGUUUAUGGAAUACAACAAUAGAAUCUAAUUUUACUAUUAGACCUGAUAGUGAACCGGGAUUUACAGCGAAUAACAAGAAAUUAUCUUCUGUCAUUCCAUUUAGCAUCUUACCCGGUCAUCAUGGAGGUACUAUCUCUCACAUAUCUAUUGAUCCAACCUGUAAAUAUAUGAUCACUACUUCUGGGAAUAGAGGUUGGGAAGGAAAUUCAACAAAUGGUUGUCUAUUUUAUGAUAUCUCUCCUCUAACCAACUCCUAAAGUAUAUCUGCUGCUGGGAUUCAAAUUGUUUAUAAUAAAUAAGGAAUAAAUACAUGUAUAUAUUUGUAUAUUUAUAUUUUUUUUUGGAACCCCCUCUUUGUUUCGUUGUCUUUU